AUGACCGAACCGACCAAGAUCCGCAUCUUGGGCUCCGAGAGCAUCAUCGCCGACUUUGGCCUCUGGCGAAACUAUAUCGCGAAGGACCUGGUUCACGGCUGUCCGUCAACUACCUAUGUUCUUAUCACAGAUACAAACAUUGGGUCAAUAUACAUACCGGGCUUCCAAAAGACCUUCGAAGAUGCCACCGCCACCUUGUCCCCCUCUCCCCGUCUUCUAGUCAACCAGAUACCUCCGGGGGAAAGCUCAAAAUCACGACAAACCAAGGCUGAUCUUGAAGAUUGGAUGUUGAGUCAGAAUCCGCCAUGUGGUAGGGAUACUGUGGUGAUUGCUUUGGGUGGAGGUGUGAUUGGAGACCUUGUUGGUUUCGUUGCCUCGACCUACAUGCGUGGCGUUCGCUUCGUACAGAAUCUCAUUGGUGCUAUCUGGCAACCAUCUAGGAUUUACAUCGAUCUCGAAUUCUUGGAAACAUUGCCGGUCAGGGAAUUCAUCAAUGGUAUGGCUGAGGUUAUCAAAACUGCUGCCAUUUCAAGCGAGGAAGAAUUUUCUGCCUUGGAGGACAAUGCGGAUACAAUUCUUUCUGCCGUUCACGCCGUGGCUAAACCCGGCCAGCGCCGUUUUGAUGCGAUUCGUGACAUUCUGAAGGCGAGAAUCCUGGCCUCAGCACGCCACAAGGCCAGCGUUGUAUCUGCGGACGAACGUGAAGGCGGUCUCCGAAAUCUCCUUAAUUGGGGGCAUUCCAUCGGUCACGCCAUCGAGGCUAUUUUGACUCCACAGAUCCUUCACGGUGAAUGCGUUGCAAUUGGCAUGGUUAAAGAGGCUGAGCUUGCGAGGCACCUAGGCAUUUUGAAAGAUGUUGCCGUGGCCCGGGUGAUCAAAUGUAUCUCCAGCUACGGCUUACCCACUUCAUUGAACGAUACGCGACUGAGACAGCUAACUGCUGGAAAACAUUGUUCUGUUGAUCAAUUGAUGUUCAACAUGGCUUUGGAUAAGAAGAAUGAUGGCCCAAAGAAGAAGGUUGUGCUUUUGUCUGCCAUCGGUCAACCUUACGAGCCAAAGGCCAGUGUUGUGUCAAAUGAGGACAUUAGAGUUGUCCUCGCACCAAGCAUUGAGGUUAUUCCGGGUACUCCGAAAGCACUUGACGUUACUUGUAUCCCUCCAGGUUCGAAGAGCAUUUCAAACAGGGCUCUUGUUCUCGCUGCUCUCGGUUCUGGUACGUGCCGCAUCAAGAACCUCUUACACUCCGAUGACACAGAGGUCAUGCUGAAUGCUCUGGAGCGACUUGGUGCUGCCACCUUCUCUUGGGAAGAUGAAGGAGAGAUACUUAUCGUGAACGGAAAAGGGGGCAAACUUGAAGCAAGCCCGACACCGCUGUAUCUCGGCAAUGCCGGUACGGCCUCGAGGUUCCUUACCACUGUUGCUACCCUGGCUACCGCUAGCAGUGUGGAUUCGAGUGUGCUUACAGGCAACAAUCGUAUGAAGCAAAGACCAAUUGGUGAUCUUGUUGACGCCUUGGUUGCAAAUGGAGCCAACAUCGAGUAUGUGGAAAAGCAAGGAAGUUUACCCCUCAAGAUCGCUGCUUCUGGCGGCUUUGCUGGGGGAAAUAUCAAUUUAGCGGCAAAAGUGUCCUCUCAAUACGUUUCCUCAUUGCUUAUGUGCGCUCCAUAUGCUAAGGAGCCUGUGACACUAAGGCUUGUGGGCGGGAAGCCUAUUUCCCAGCCAUAUAUCGAUAUGACUACGGAAAUGAUGAGGUCUUUCGGUAUCAACGUGCAGAAGUCGACCACAGAAGAACAUACUUAUCACAUCCCUCGUGGCCAUUAUGUCAAUCCUCCCGAAUAUGUUGUGGAAAGCGACGCCAGCUCCGCCACAUACCCGCUGGCCAUUGCAGCGAUCACUGGAACAACUUGCACAGUUCCAAAUAUUGGAUCCAAAUCUCUACAGGGUGAUGCUCGUUUUGCUGUUGACGUCUUGAGGCCAAUGGGCUGUGAUGUCAAGCAGACGGAUACCUCUACUACAGUUACCGGUCCCGCUGAUGGUGUCUUGAGACCUCUUCCCAAUGUUGACAUGGAGCCUAUGACAGAUGCGUUCCUCACGGCUUCCGUUCUUGCAGCUGUCGCCCGCGGCUCGGAAUCAAAUCAUACAACUCGUAUUUAUGGGAUUGCAAACCAGCGUGUUAAGGAAUGCAACCGAAUCAAAGCCAUGAAAGAUGAGCUUGCCAAAUUUGGCGUCAUCUGCCGUGAACAUGAGGACGGUCUUGAGAUAGACGGAGUGGAUCGUUCAGCCCUUUGGCAGCCAGCUGCUGGUGUCUUCUGUUAUGAUGACCACCGAGUCGCGUUCAGCUUCAGCGUCCUGUCGCUCAUCACUCCCAAGCCCACUUUAAUUUUGGAGAAGGACUGCGUGGGCAAGACCUGGCCAGGUUGGUGGGACACCUUGAAGCAGGUGUUCUCGGUUAAACUCGUUGGCAAGGAAUUGGAAGAAACGACAAGGUCUACUGCUCUCACCUGUGCUGAUAAGGCCAGCGCUUCGAUUUUCAUCAUUGGCAUGCGUGGAGCUGGGAAGACCACUACAGGACGGUGGGUGGCGAGGGCCUUGAACCGACCAUUUGUUGAUCUGGAUGAUGAGCUUGAGAGAGUCGAGGGUAUGGCCAUUCCGGAGGUUAUCAAGCAACAAGGCUGGCAAGGCUUCAGAGCCGCUGAACUUGCACUGUUGCAACGUACCAUCAAAGAGCGCUCGAAUGGCUUCGUCUUCGCCUGUGGUGGUGGAGUGGUUGAGAUGCCAGAAGCCAGAAAGUUACUUUCAGAUUACCACAAAAGCAAGGGCAAUGUCUUACUUGUGAUGCGCGACAUUAGUCAGGUUAUGGACUUUUUGAAGAUCGACAAGACCCGCCCAGCUUAUGUUGAAGAUAUGAUGGGCGUGUGGCUUCGCCGGAAACCCUGGUUCCAGGAAUGCAGUAACUUCCAAUACUUCAGCCAACCGGCAAGUUCAACAGACGCUGUUUCAGUGGCCUCAGAGGACUUCACUCGCUUCUUGCAGGUUAUUACGGGACAGUUGGACUGCCUUAGCAUCAUCAAGGAAAAGCAACACUCCUUCUUCGUUUCUUUGACCUUUCCCGACAUCCGUGAAGCAAGUGACAUUUUAAAGGAAGUCUGUGUGGGAUCUGACGCUGUUGAAUUGCGGGUGGAUCUCCUGCGCGAUCCGUCCUCUGACGAUGAGAUCCCGUCUGUGGAUUAUGUGGCAGAGCAGAUCUCUUUCCUGCGCAGCCGCGUUGCACUGCCGUUAGUUUUCACCAUCAGGACAAAGGGACAAGGAGGUCGCUUCCCCGAUGAUGCCUAUGAUGCUGCGAGACAGCUGUAUAAACUUGCAAUUCGGUCAGGAUGCGAAUUCGUUGACCUUGAAAUCACAUUCCCAGACGAACUACUACGCGCCGUGACCGAGAGUAAGGGUUAUACGAAGAUUAUCGCCUCACACCAUGACCCGAAAGGAAGCCUGUCAUGGGUAAAUAUGUCCUGGAUAAAAUACUAUAAUAGGGCACUAGAGUAUGGCGACGUGAUAAAGCUUGUAGGUGUUGCGAAGGAUUUCGACGAUAAUGCCUCCCUCAGGGGAUUCAAGAAAUGGGCCGAGGAAGCCCAUGAUGUCCCAGUGAUUGCAAUCAACAUGGGCAACAAAGGCCAAUUGAGCCGCAUCUUGAAUGGUUUUAUGACCCCAGUCUCUCACCCAAGCCUACCCUUCAAAGCAGCCCCAGGACAACUUUCGGCCACUGAAAUCCGCAAAGGCCUAUCCCUGGUGGGCCAGAUUGCACCGAAAAAGUUUGCCGUCUUCGGAUCCCCUAUCUCUGCGUCUCGUUCACCAGCCCUUCACAACACGCUCUUCUCACAGAUGGGAUUGCCCCAUAAAUACGGUCGACUGGAGACCACUAACAUCACAAACGUGAAGGAGUUUAUUCGUUCCCCAGAUUUUGGUGGUGCAUCGGUGACCAUUCCAUUAAAGUUGGACAUUAUGCCUCUCCUCGACGAGAUCUCUCCAGGAGCCGAGAUCAUUGGUGCUGUGAAUACAAUCGUUCCUGUCCAUGCGACCAAGGACCACAGUGACACUCCCCGACUUGUUGGCUAUAAUACGGAUUGGCAAGGUAUGGUACAAUGCUUUCACAAUGUUGGAGUUUACGGCUCGAGUGGGAAUGCGCCUGGCGUUGUGAUCGGCGGGGGUGGAACAGCUCGCGCGGCUAUCUUUUCUCUUCAUAGCAUGGGAUAUUCCCCCAUCUAUGUCGUGGGACGUACCCCCUCCAAGCUCGAGGGCAUGGUCUCCACGUUCCCGUCCAGCUACAAUAUCAUUAUCGUGGACCACCAUACCAAGAUGCAAGCCAUCCCGCAUGUGGCCAUUGGAACGAUUCCAGGCGACAAACCGAUCGAUCCUGCCACGCGCGAGACCGUCUGCCACAUAUUCGAGCGUGCUCAACAAGACGAUGUAGCGGUGGGAAGGAGCCCCGGUGAUAAAUCUGGCCGUGUGCUAUUGGAAAUGGCGUACAAGCCCUCCAUAACGCCGUUGAUGCAAUUGGCAGCAGAUGCUGGAUGGACGGCCAUUCCUGGUCUUGAGGCUCUUGUAGGACAGGGAAUGUAUCAGUUUGCGCAUUGGACCGGUAUCUCUCCAUUGUACAAAGAUGCGAAGGCAGCAGUAAUGGGGACAGCAACCGGCAGCCCGGCAUCGUGAAUGGGAUUCCAAUCCUGUUUAUGAGAGAUUUGAUGUGAUCCUUUUCUCGUGGCUUGGAAUAUGACUGUCAUGCAAUGUAAUUCCUUUAUCUAUCUCCUCUUUUCCCUUCCUAAAAAAGCUUUUUUGGCUCUGAAAAGUUCAUCGUUGGCAUCUUGUGCAACUGCUCGAUCAAUUAGAUGCAUGGAAAUUCAUUUCUUGGAUGGAAUUGUUUCUAGGAAGUAGAGUGAAUUAGGAGCGAUAAUCGUAUACAACGUA